AUAAAUAGGCCAGCCAGUGGGGAGGGAGCUCGUGGGUCCUGACUGAAUGAGACUUGGUUUUAUCUUCUUAUUCUCAAUCCGUCCUCUGCUCUUCCUCUGCAUUCUUCCUCACUUCUCUGCGUCCACCUCCACUAAUUCCCUAGAUUAACGGUAAGUGUAGCUAUACGUAUGUACAUAUUCAUUUACCGGUUGGGUUUGAAAAUGUAGAAACGUAAAGAAGAAGAUGAAGGUGGCGGUGAUUGGCGGCGGGAUAAGCGGGCUGGUAUCAGCUUAUGUUCUCGCAGGACAGGGAGUUGAGGUUGUGUUGUACGAGAAAGAAGAUAACGUAGGCGGCCAUGCCAAGACUGUUCGUUUCCACGGCGUUGAUUUAGACCUUGGUUUUAUGGUCUUCAAUCGCGUGACAUAUCCAAAUAUGAUGGAGUUCUUUGAGAAUCUUGGAGUUGAUAUGGAAUUAUCUGACAUGUCUUUCUCUGUGAGCCUAGACAAAGGAAAGGGGUGUGAAUGGGGUAGCCGAAAUGGCUUGUCAAGUUUAUUUGCACAGAAGAAGAAUGUUCUGAAUCCAUAUUUCUGGCAAAUGCUUAGAGAAAUUAUUAAGUUUAAAGAUGAUGUUCUCAGUUAUCUCGAACAACUAGAAAAUAAUCUAGAUAUUGACAGAAAUGAAACCUUGGGACAAUUUAUAAAAUCUCGUGGUUACUCUCAACUAUUUCAAAAGGCUUACCUGAUCCCUAUUUGUGGCUCAACAUGGUCAUGCCCUUCAGAAGGUGUUAUGAGCUUUUCUGCUUAUUCUGUACUCUCAUUUUGCCGCAAUCAUCAUCUACUUCAGCUCUUUGGACGCCCACAGUGGCUGACUGUCAGAGGGCGUUCGCAUUGUUAUGUAAAUAAGGUUAUUCAAGUGCUGGAAAGGAAAGGUUGUCAAAUAAGAACUGGUUGCCAGGUAAAAUCAGUUUUCGCUUCAAAUGAAGGUUGUGUUGUAGAAUGUGGAGAUGGCUUACAAGAAAUAUAUCAUUCUUGCAUAAUGGCUCUUCAUGCUCCUGAUGCUCUGCAUUUAUUAGGAAACCAAGCAACUUUUGAUGAAUUGAGAGUUCUUGGUGCUUUUCAAUAUGUAUAUAGUGAUAUUUUUCUUCAUCGCGACAAAAAUUUAAUGCCCAAAAACCCAGCAUCAUGGAGUGCCUGGAAUUUCCUGGGUAGUAAAGAUAAUAAAGUGUGUUUAACAUACUGGCUCAAUAUACUUCAGAAUCUGGGUGAAGGAAGUGAACCCUUUUUAGUGACUCUCAAUCCUGAACAUACACCUAGAAAUACCUUGCUUAAGUGGACAACUGGUCAUCCAGUCCCCUCUGUUGCUGCAUCUAAGGCUUCGCUUGAGCUUGAUCAAAUUCAAGGGAAGAGAGGAAUUUGGUUCUGUGGAGCAUACCAAGGUUAUGGCUUCCAUGAAGACGGACUAAAGGCUGGCAUGGUUGCUGCACAUAGUUUGCUGGGAAAACAUUGUCCUAUACUGAACAAUCCGAAACACAUGGUACCUACUCUUAUGGAAACAGGGGCUCGUCUGUUUGUUUCCAGAUUCCUGGAGCAUUUUAUAUCGACUGGUAGUGUAAUUUUGUUGGAGGAAGGAGGAACGAUCUUUACGUUUGAAGGAAGACUGAGAAAAAAUCCUCUAAAAUCGGUUUUAAAAGUGCACAAUCCUCAGUUUUACUGGAAGGCGAUGACACAAGCUGACCUGGGUCUAGCAGAUGCAUUUAUCAAUGGAGAUUUCUCUUUUGUUGAUAAAGAUGAAGGACUUAUAAAUCUUAUCAUGAUUCUUAUUGCUAAUAGAGAUUUGAAAUCUUCCAUUUCAGAACUAAGUAAGAAAAGGGGUUGGUGGACACCAUUAUUGUUUACAGCUGGUAUAGCAUCUGCAAAAUAUUUUUUCAAGCAUGUUUCAAGGCAAAAUACUUUGACACAAGCUCGCAGGAAUAUAUCCCGUCACUAUGACCUGAGUAAUGAGCUUUUUGCUCUAUUCUUGGAUGAAACAAUGACAUACUCGUGUGCAGUGUUUAAGAGUGAGGAUGAAGAUCUAAAAGUUGCACAGUUGAGGAAAAUAUCCCUUUUAAUUGAAAAGGCAAGAAUCGAUGAGACACACGAAAUUCUUGAGAUUGGAUGUGGUUGGGGAAGCUUAGCUAUUGAAGUUGUCAAAAGAACUGGAUGCAAAUACACUGGCAUUACUUUAUCAGAGGAGCAAUUGAGAUAUGCAGAAAAGAAAGUGAAGGAAGCUGGACUUGAGGAUCGCAUCAGAUUUCAACUCUGUGAUUAUCGACAACUUCCAGGUUCCUAUAAAUAUGAUAGAAUAAUAUCAUGUGAGAUGAUAGAAGCAGUUGGCCAUGAAUACAUGGAAGAAUUUUUUGGUUGCUGUGAAUCUGUGCUGGCGGAGGAUGGGCUUCUUGUUUUACAGUUCAUAUCAAUACCGGAGGAAAGAUACAACGAGUACAGGCUAAGUUCAGAUUUUAUCAAGGAGUAUAUUUUUCCUGGUGGGUGUCUACCUUCUCUGAGCAGGAUAACGUCCGCCAUGUCGACAGCAUCAAGACUAUGUGUGGAGCAUGUGGAAAAUAUAGGAAUUCAUUACUAUCAAACAUUGAGAUAUUGGAGAAAGAACUUUUUGGAGAAGCAGAGCGAGAUAUAUGCAUUAGGAUUCAAUGAGAAAUUCAUUAGGACGUGGGAAUACUACUUCGACUACUGUGCAGCUGGUUUCAAGUCUUAUACACUUGGAAAUUACCAGGUUGUUUUCUCCCGGCCUGGUAACAAGAACACGUUUGGAAAUCCUUACAAAGAUCUUCCUUUAGAGUGAUUAAUUUGUCGCAGCUACUACACCCACAAUGAUUUGUUGCUAUUUGGUAGAGAGAAUCAGGAGAGUUCGUAAAUUCAAAGAAGAAUCUCAUGGUAAUUAACCUUGACGCAAUAUUCCCUGACCUUCUUUCUUUUUCUUUGGCAGCCUCAAAAUUCCAGCCUCUUUCCAUUUUUUCCCCCCCUUUUUAAGCUUAUAUAAUUUUUUAUCUUUGACUAACUUCAAACUUUCAGUGUUUUUAAUAUUUAUUGUUACGAGAUUAAUAUGAUAUUUUAAUUUUAUAGUUGAAAACUUAAUAAAAUAACUAAAAUUAUGAAAUAAA